CUGUCGCACACUUCACUCACUUCCUUCACUAUCGCUCUCAUGGCUUCUUCGCUCUUCUUCUUCGCUCUCUCCUUCUUCUUCUUCUCCUUCUUCUACUCCGUCCGCUGCUCCUCCGAUGAGGCGGCGGCGGCGGCGACCUACAUCGUCCGCGUGGACUCCAGCUCGAAGCCCUCCAUCUUCCCCACCCACUACCACUGGUACUCCUCCGAGUUCGCCGACCCGGCCCGGAUCCUCCACACCUACGACACCGUCUUCCACGGCUUCUCCGCCACCCUCACCGGGCCCCAGGCCUCCGCCCUCCUCCGCCACCCCAACGUCCUCGCCGCCUUCGAGGACCACCGCCGCCGCCUCCACACCACCCGCUCCCCGCAGUUCCUCGGCCUCCGCAACCAGCGCGGCCUCUGGUCCGAGUCCGACUACGGGUCCGACAUCAUCGUCGGCGUCUUCGACACGGGCAUCACCCCCGAGCGGCGCAGCUUCUCGGACCGCAACCUCGGGCCCGUGCCGAAGCGCUGGAAGGGCGUUUGCGAGGCGGGCGUCGGGUUCUCCUCCAGGAGCUGUAACCGGAAGAUCGUCGGAGCGAGGUUUUUCGCUAAGGGGAGCGAGGCCGCCGGAAGAUCUGCCGGUCCGGCGAUUGGCAUCAACGAGACGGUCGAGUUCAGGUCGCCGAGAGAUGCCGACGGGCACGGCACGCACACGGCGUCGACGGCUGCUGGAAGAUACACGUUCCAAGCUUCCAUGGCCGGUUACGCACCCGGGAUCGCGAAGGGGGUCGCGCCGAAAGCACGGAUUGCGUCCUACAAGGUUUGUUGGAAGGAUUCUGGUUGUUUUGAUUCUGAUAUCCUCGCGGCCUUCGACGCCGCCGUCAAGGAUGGUGUGGACGUGAUAUCAAUCUCGAUCGGCGGCGGAGACGGGGUCUCCCCGCCAUACUAUCUCGACCCUAUUGCAAUCGGGUCGUAUGGGGCCGUUGCGCAUGGGGUCUUUGUCUCGGCCUCGGCGGGCAAUGACGGGCCGAACGGGAUGUCGGUGACGAACCUUGCCCCGUGGCUGACCUCAGUGGGCGCUGGCACAAUCGACCGGAACUUCCCGGCUGAUGUGACCCUCGGCAACCGAGUCAAGCUAUCCGGCGUGUCCCUGUACUCUGGACCGCCCUUGGGCGGCAAAAUGUAUCCCCUGGUCUAUCCUGGCAAAUCAGGGGUUUUAUCUGCUUCACUCUGUAUGGAGAAUUCUCUUGAUCCGAAUCUCGUCAAAGGCAAGAUCGUAAUUUGCGACCGCGGCAGCACCGCCCGGGUUGCGAAAGGCCUGGUGGUGCAGAAAGCUGGUGGCGUCGGCAUGAUUCUUGCGAACGGAAUGUCUAAUGGUGAAGGCCUAGUUGGUGAUGCUCAUGUCAUUCCCACUGCUGCACUCGGUGCUACCGAGGGUGAUGCAGUGAAGUCCUAUAUUUCGUCGACUGCAAACCCGAUUGCCACCAUUGAUUUCCGCGGUACCCUGAUCGGGAUCAAGCCAGCUCCGGUAGUGGCCUCAUUCUCGGGUCGUGGCCCGAACGGGCUAAACCCGGAAAUCCUGAAACCAGACUUAAUUGCCCCGGGGGUGAACAUUUUGGCAGCUUGGACCGAUGCAGUCGGUCCGACUGGGUUGGCCUCAGAUAAGAGGAAGACCGAGUUUAACAUCCUGUCGGGGACUUCGAUGGCUUGCCCCCACGUGAGCGGCGCCGCUGCGUUGCUCAAGUCGGCGCACCCAGAUUGGAGUCCUGCCGUGAUCCGAUCUGCCAUGAUGACCACGGCCAAUUUGGUUGAUAACAGGAACCAGCUGAUCAGUGAUGAAUCCACUGGGAAGCCUGCGAGCCCUUAUGAUUUCGGUGCUGGGCAUCUACAUCUGGAUCUUGCUAUGGACCCAGGACUAGUCUAUGACAUUACUAACGAUGACUACGUGAGCUUCUUGUGCUCGAUCGGUUAUUCCAACAAGGUCAUUCAGGUGAUCACUCGAUCGCCGGCAAAUUGCCCUGCCAAGAAGCCCUUACCAGAGAACCUGAAUUAUCCAUCGAUAUCCGCCCUUUUCUUGACGUCGUCAACGGGGGUCCAGAGCAAGACGUUCAUCCGGACCGUGACAAAUGUCGGCCAGCCGAACGCGGUCUACCGGGUGAGGGUCGAGUCGGUGCCGAAAGGGGUCACCAUAAGCGUGAAGCCGGCCAAGCUGGUGUUCACGGAGGCUGUCAAGAAGCAGAGCUACGUGGUGACUGUGUCGGCAGAUACCCGGAACUUGGAGCUCGGGAACUCGGGCGCGGCCUUCGGGUCGCUUGCUUGGUCCGAUGGGAAGCACGUGGUGAGGAGCCCCAUCGCCGUUACGGAAAUAACCAUGAUGUGAAUGGUUAGGCUUGUAGAUUUGAUGCUGAUCAAACGGUGGUUCUUGAUCAGGACAUGUUUUUAGCUUAUGUUAUAUAGUUUGGAAGAGUUGCUUAGGGAAAGUGCAAGUGUGAAGUAAGAGCGAGUAACGAAGCGUAGGAUUCGGCUCUCUCAUGGAAGAGCUCUCUUUGGAGCCGUAGUCUUGAAAUAUGCAUCUUGAAGUUUCUUUU